CGGACUUGAAUCUUCGCAGCGCUGGGACUCGUCUCAUGAUCUCUUCUCGUUCCAUAGAUCGACCGAAAAUCAUCCCACAAUGGAAUUUUUUUAGCUGAGACUCUUCUAGUGCCAAAAGCGUCGUUGAUUCUCGCCAUUGUAUUGGCCAUUCCUCGGAUACGUUCUCCGGUACAAACUUGAUGGCUACCUCAGCUUGUGAGAAGUAUAAAUCCAGCAGUGGACGGUAAAUAUUGAAUGCGUGCUCAAAAUGAUUUCCCUCAAGCUGGUGGCUCUGGCCAUUGGAGCUUUCUCGCUCCUCUCUCAAACAACUGCUCACUAUACCUUCCCUUCCCUUGUUGUCGAUGGCGUGACUACCAGCCCUUGGGUAAACGUUCGGAUGACAAACAAUUAUAACACCCAGGAUCCUGUUACAAACGUUUCCAGUCCCGAUUUGAGAUGUUACGACUCUGCGACUGGUGCAACCGCGACAACUAUAACGGUUGCUGCUGACUCUGAGCUCGGGAUUAUGAGCGAUGGUACCAUGUACCAUCCUGGUGUUGUCAAUGUUUACAUGGCAAAAGCAUCCUGUGAUGUCGAUUCUUUUGCCGGUGAUGGCGCAGUUUGGUUUAAGGUCUACGAAAUCCCCCCUGUAACGAAUGGAGGGACCAGUAUUACAUUCCCAUCUCAGAACCAGGCUGGUGUUUCAUUCACCAUCCCGAAGAACCUUCCUAGUGGACAAUACUUAGUUCGGAUGGAGCAGAUUGCACUCCAUGCUGCGGCCAACUUUGGGGGAGCGCAAUUCUACAUUAGCUGUGGUCAAAUAGAAGUUACGGGGGGAGGAAGUGGUACGCCUGGUCCCCUGGUCUCUAUUCCAGGCGUCUACACUGGCAAUGAACCGGGCAUUAAGAUUAAUAUAUACUCUCCAGUCCCCGCGAACUAUACGCAGCCAGGCCCGGCCGUUUGGUCAGGUUAGUGAACCAAACGUGUGUAGGAAAAGGUUUCAUUUUGUCGUACGUCAUGCCUGUUUCUCAGUCUGUUUCGGGGGGUACAGAUAUUGUGUACCUUUUGGCAAGUGCUAUUGUCUAUGAGCGCCCUUAAUAUCACAUGUUGUGUUAUUUCAACACGUAUCUCUUUCAUCCAAAUUCUGAGGGUCGCCGAUUCAAGUCUUCC